AUGUCAGGAAGCAAUUCCAAUUGCUGGACUGACGACCGCUAUUCCAAUAGCAACUACCUGGUGGAAAAAGGCCUGCUAGGUGCGGCUUAUCAGCUUUUUGUUUGCCACGGAUUGGAGGAUUUCGCCAAGACCACGGUUCGUUUGGACAACCUCGAAGAGGAGCUGAUUGUGCUCAUCCGCCCCGGGACAGAGCAGUUGACUGUGUGGCCACAAGUCUCUUCGACUGUGGAGGCUGCUGUGCUUGAUGGGGGCGACCAAUGGAGUCUAAACUGUCAUCGCUUUCAACUUGAUGGCCAGCCUUUCGUUCCAAAGCUGCACUGGAACCAUGGCCCGGGCACGCAUUCAGGAAACUACGGUACCUACAAGCGCUUCUUUGCCGUGCUGCGCACGGAUGGACGCGAGGGAGUUGUUUGGCAAGACUUUACCAAUGAUGUGGUGAAGGUCACCUGGCUCGCUGCGGAUCUUUUAUCCUCCGAGACACAUCAGCUCACUGCCCUGAACUCACAAGUCUUGGUAGGAGCAGCGGGUGAUGGAGCGAAUGAAAUGGUGCUAAUUCUGGGAGCCAGCGAGAAGUGUGGCUCUCAGGGCCGACGGGGACGGGCCCGCGAGCAAGAGUGGGACAGUGGAGGCACUGUGGGUUAG